GAGCUGCUCUGAGGUGACCCCCCCCCCCCGCCCCCCCCGGAGGACGUGUCGUCGAGGUGGGCCCGCCGGCCAUGAGCUCCGUGAGAUCCGCCAAGCCCCCGCCAAGCCCCCGCCACUCCCCAGGCAGCAGGCACGGCUCCGGACACCCAGAUCCUGAGGAGAACCAGGAGGACCCCGGGGAUGAGAGGGGGCAGAGGGACCCGCUGUCCCAUGAACAGCCCUCUGCCGUCGGCAGGAACGUCCUGCAGCUCAGACUCCAGCAGAGGCGGACGAGGGAGCAGCUCGCCGGACAGGGCCUCAUGCCUCUGAACCAUGGUAAGUUUCCGAAGCGGGAUGACUCCUAUGCCUUUGAGGAGGACAGCAGCAGUGACAGCCUGUCGCCGGAGCAACCCCACAGUGACGAGUCCCAGGGCUCCGGUGCCCCCUCCUCCGAGACCAUGGGGCACACCCCUCCCUCCUCCUCCUCCUCACCCGCCCUCACCAGCCCGCGCCAGGGAUGUCAACCAAGGGACCCCCCUGAGCAGGGCCAGGAGGAGGGGCUUUCAGCGGGGGGCGUCAACAAUGGGAUGACUCCCCCCACCCCUGCUAUCGUCAAGUCCAAGACGACCUCCGACAAGAACCGCAGCAAGAAACCCAAAGAGGUGAAGCCCAAGGUGAAGAAGCUCAAGUACCACCAGUACAUCCCUCCGGACCAGAAGCCGGAGAAGUCUCCGCCACCCAUGGACUCGGCCUACGCCCGCCUGCUCCAGCAGCAGCAGCUGUUCCUCCAGCUGCAGAUCCUCAGCCAGCAGAAACACGCUCACGCCGCCCACUCCCCUCACCACACGCACUCGCCGCACGGGCACACCACCCGCGCACGCGCACCACGCCCAGCCAGUGAUCAGCUGCCAGCCUGCAGCUCCAGUGUGUUGACCAACACAGGGGGCAGCUCCUCCUCCUCUCCCCCAGUGAAGAGCUCCUAUCCUGGGCACGCCAGCCAGGUCUCCCCUGUCAAGCGGCCUCUGCCUGCUAACCUGGACGACCUGAAGGUAUCAGAACUCAGACAGCAGCUGCGCGUCCGAGGCAUGCCCGUCUCCGGCACCAAGACCGCCCUGAUCGAGCGGCUCCGCCCCUUCAAGGACCCGGCCGCCAGCCCCUCCCCCUGCGGCGCCAGCGACAUCACCACGGGGACCUUCCCCGUGACCCCCACGGCUCCCUGUCCUCCCUACCAGUCGCCCUCCUCCUCCUCCCUCUCCCAGGGGGGCUACUACCCUUACCCCAGCACCUCCUCCACCCCGCCCAUCUCCCCCGCCUCCUCCGACCUCUCCCUCAGUGGCUCUCUCCCGGACAGCUUCAGCGACGUCCCCAUGUCCUCCCCCCCCGCAGGGAGGGCGGCGGGGGGAUGGAGGGAUUGCGGGGAGGCCAGGGGCGGAGGGGCGGAGGGCCUGGAGGCGGAGAAGGACAAGAUGCUGGUGGAGAAGCAGAAGGUGAUCGAGGAGCUCACCUGGAAGCUGCACCAGGAGCAGAGACAGGUGGAAGAGCUGAAGAUGCAGCUCCACAAGAGGAAGCGUUGCUACGGCGCCACCCAGGAGGGUCUCCCGGCAACGGCCCCGCCCCAUCACCCCUCCAUGCACCUCCAGCCGCCCCAGGGCAUGAUGGGACAAAACGUCUUUGGUGUGACGGUCAAACAGGAGCCCAUGUCCCUCUCCUCUAGCUGCCCCAUGUCCUCCACCAAGCACCUCAAGACCCCCCCAGAUAACUGCAUGGAGGGCCUCGGCCCACUGCGGAGCCCUCCCUCCCCAGCAUGGGAGGGCCCUACUGGGGGGGCGCGGUGCCUGGACAGGGCCCCCUCCUCUGGAAGUCCCUCCACCAUGUCUGCCUUCCUCAGCCCCCAGUGUUCGCCUCAAGACUCCCCCAUUGGCAAGCCUUCCGGCAGCCCCCAGCCCGCGUCCCCCAGCCACCCCUACCUCCUGUCACCUCCGCUGGGCAGGAACGGCUGCAGCCACCCCCCCCCCCAGGUGGGCACCAGGCCCAGGAACAUGCAGAUUCAGCAGAAGGGUGGUGCUCAUCAGGUGAACUGCUCCUACCUGUCCGACCAGCGAGGUCUCCAGUCUGUGUUCCCCAACACAGCUGACGCUGGCUCAGCCCACAGAGGGUCAGCCAAGGCCAAGAACACGGCCAUGCAGAAGAUGACAAUAUUGCCCUCUCCUCGGUGUGUUGGCCAAAAGUGCCUGGGGUCCCCUACCUUCUGUAGCUCAGAUGCUGCUGCAUCCAUCCUCACACAUCCCCCAUGCUAUGAGGAUGCAGUCAAGCAGCAGCUGAUCCGGAGCCAGCAGAUGGACGAGCUUCUGGAUGUGCUCAUAGAGAGCGGAGAGAUGCCAGCUAACGCCAGAGAGGAGCGGUCCUGUGUAACCAAAGUUGUGCCUCACAUUACUGUGUCCCCAGGAAGCACCGGCCUCAUCCUUCCAAAGUUCCACCGCCUCUACGACCACCAGGUCCCCCCUCGCACCUCCCUUAUGACCACAACGUCCGCUCACAUCGCGGACAGCCACCUGGAGACCCAGCUCAGCAGCCCCAUUGGCCGGGGGGGCGAGGUCGCCCUUCUCAAGAUGGCCGCUCAGGAGGCCGGGCAGGAAGACGAAGUGAACGGCGGAGGGGAUGGGUACCCCCAGCCCCACCACCACCAUCACCCCAACAGCCACGCCCAUCAGGACAAGCUGAUGGACACGCCCACCCCACUGUCCCCCAUCAUCUCCAAGGUGACCCCGGUCACUGAGGCGCAAGGCAUGGUGGGAAUGACCUUUGCCGAGUCGCCGUGGGAAACCAUGGAGUGGCUGGACCUUACCCCCCGCAGCUCAGCAACGGCAUUCAGCGUAGCUCCGCCCAACGGCCCCAGCAUCUUCAACACCGAGUUCCUGGAUGUGACAGACAUCAACUUGAACUCAGCCAUGGACCUGCACUUGGAGCACUGGUGAAUGACUGACUCACCUCCAGCUAGCGACUGGACAAGCCAGGCAGAGGACUGCAGUACGGUAUCUAGUGACUAGCUAGCGAGUAGACAGCUAACUAGCUGCCAGAGACAACAUGACACAACAUAGCUAGCUAGUGAGUAGACAGCUAACUAAACAGUUUACUAGCUCCCAGUCAGAGACAGCAAGACAUGACAUAGCUAGCUAGCUUGUAAGAUAGCCGACUAGCCAGCAACCAUAGACUGGUGAGCAACAGCCUAUUUCAAAAUAGUCAGAGAACACACUGCAGUACACCAGUACCAGGUGUCAUUUAGUCUGGAUGACUUUUGUUGUAAUAUAAUAUGGCAUAAUGUUAGACCAGUGUUAUACCAAUGUUGUGACAGUUAUGCCAAUGAAUGUUGUGACCAUGUUGUUACAGUGUACUAAUGCUGGGAGGAUAUUGUUAAAACGUUAUAGUAAUGUUGUAACACUGUUAUUACAGUGUACUAAUGUCGCGUCAAUCCUAUGAAGCUGUUAUGACAGCAAGUUAUGCAAUAAUUUACCAAUGAACAACAGCAGGAUCAAGAGAGCCAUACUGUUAAAGGACUAAACGACCACCUUAGAAUCCUCAACAUUCAGACAUAAACAAUCAUUUCUGGGUCAUUUUCAUAGAUAAAAGGGUUCAUCAUCGUGUCAGUCCUACUGUGCACACCUUCCAGUCACCUGGUUCCUUUUCACAUGAUCUUUGUCCUCUUGGAUAAUGACAAGCACAGCUAACCAUGCAUUAUGAGUCUGGAACCUUUAAUGAAGGGAUGCUCUAUGAAGGUCUGGACAACAAUUACUGUCAAAUGGAAUGUCUCUCUUCAAAGAUUUUAUGCAAUUUUAAGUGUUAGGCUAGACUUGAACUCCUAUUUUGACAAUCAAUGUAUUGUUUUGGUUGGUGGGUAUAUGUUUGUAUUACUGGAAACAAACUAAUUGGAAUUACAAACAGAAUUGGAUACCAGAGUGGGCAUAUGUAAAUAUCAUAUUUCUACUGACAGAGACAAGUUUGAAGUCUGCAUAUGAUGUCAGUGGUUUGGGAGAUUACAUAAGAACGGAGACCAUGCAAUCCAAUGUAUUGAAUAGUGUAUGGUUUUCUUUGUAAAUACAGAAAGUCUCACUUUGCACCUCUAGUAUAGUGCACAUUGGUCACGUUUGCUUGUGCCUAGGUUAUAUAUGCAAGGAAGACAUUUCAUUUGUCAUUCUGCUCCAGUGUUUUUCUAUGUGUUUCUUCUCUCACUAUUAUCCAGCACGCAUAUUUACUGAAUAGUUACACAAAGGGUAGAAAUAUAUUUUUAUCUGAAGGAAAAAAAGUAUUUUGUCUUACCACAGUUUUAUAAGUUAUGAGACUGGUAGAAGGUAUUCAUCCAUUAACUGUAUGAAAUAACUCUAUGUCAAAUUUGUGCCUUAAAGUUUCGACAAGAGAGCUCUGUUUGGGAUUUGUUUUCUAUUGUUUUGCCAGCUCUCAAAAUUGAGUUGUAUUACCUAUUCCCCUUAAAAACAACAGCUUGUGUCAGUCACAUAGAAGGUCCUUGUGGAUGACAUGGCUGUAGGAAGCAACCCCAGUGCCUUACUGGGAACAGUCUACCUGUGUUCAGUUAGGUCUGUUCACUCUGAAGACCACACCUUUAAGAUCAAAUCUUUAAGACCAUGCCUUUAAGAUCCUGCCUUUAAGAUCACACAAGGACAGAAGUAGCAAGUCAGGACAAGCAUAGACCUAAAUUUCAUCUCGAGUAUUUGUGAACGUAAUCUAUUUUAAUAUCAAAAUGUUUUUUUAUUUGAUUUUGAAAUUUUCACCCAUUAUUGAUAUAUUGGAUAAUAUCACUUUUAUAGUUAUUUAUUUUUGCAUUUUUUAUUUAUACAUUCUUACAUAUUUAUAAUGACAUUCCUUAUUGACAAAAUGGGAUUCUAUAUUUGCCUUAAAAACUCCAAUGCUGCAAUUCAGAUCCAGCGUUUUUACUAAUAAAAUGUAUGAAAAUCUGCCUCUAAAUGUGAUUAAAAGUGAAGCAACACUUCACAUAGAACUGUUUCCACAAUUUUCCAUGUAGAACAAUAGAAGAAUAGAAUAUCCAUUCUUACCAGCACUUGUGAAUAUCAAAAUGUAAUAUAUACAGAGCUUUGAUUGUCCUUACUGUGAAUACUGCACAGAAAACAACAAAAAUGUAUUUUAUCAGUGUUUUAAAAAAUGGGGCCAUUUAUAAGAGACCUAAUCACCUUUUAAAAGUUGUGGUUUAACUGAGAACUAUUCCACUUUUUAUUGCAAGUUAAUAAAAGUACACAAACCCCACAUACAGUAGUGUGUAUGGCGUGUCACACCAGCAGUUAUUGGAUGGUGAAGAAGGGGGACAUUAAUAAAUGUAACACUGUGCUAUGGUUUGCAUAACCUUCAACACCAAGCAUCAGAUUACCUCCAGUGUUGUACUGGAGGUAAUCUGUUGUACUCCACCCCGCCCCCCCAAGUGCACUAAACAAUGUGUGCUUUAAUUAUAGUGUUCUUCCCAGAACUCCAAAUACCAUAGUCAUCAUACCAUCUUCAGGAACCAUUCAAGUGACAAUCCCCUAUCACCCGUUGUAGAUUCAUUCAAGUUUCCUUCUUUUUAUUUUCUAAUCAAACGUGGCACCUGACAGAAAGCUUAUUUGUUGCUUGCCCACUGAAUAGCAAUUUUACAAUGUAAAACACCUUGUAUUUGUCCUCCCCUUGUAUGUCUACUUCCUGUACUGUAGAAUAAGACAGCAAUAAACGUACACACAAUCACACCAUG